AUGGACUUCAACCCCCUGGACGAGCAGUCACCCCUCGCGGACUACUGGCAGAUGAAUGACGGGCUGGACACUGAGGAUGCGGCGGUCAUUGCGAGUCUGGCUACCCAGGCACUGCAGGCAAAGCUGGGCUAUGACUAUGAGGACGGCAUGGGAGUGAAUGAGCCAGCCGAGGUGGCAAAUUACACUGAGAGCCGGUCCUCGCCUCAGUCUCAGUAUUCAGCCAUCGCCCAAGAAGAGCCGGCGGAAUCGUUUCGAGGGCUCAUGGAGGAUCACGACCGCGGCGCACAGUUUUCGGAAGCAAAUGUCACAAACGACUAUGACAUGGAGCCGCCAACCAGAGGCCGCGUCUCAGACACCGUGGCUGGAUUCGAGGAGCAAGCUGCGCUUAUGAGGGAUUCCAAUCUACAUGAUCCCAUCUACUCUCUACUGAAUGUGCCUGCGGAAAUGGAUGAAACGAGAGGCACCAUGACGGCAAGCCAGGUUGUGAAUGAAGUGCUGCGCAACAAUGAGCUGGCGGCGCAAAGCCAGAUGGAUGUGAAUAUGCAGGCGCUUCACUCGCAAGCAGCACAACUGACGCCUCCUGAUUCGGAAUCUCCUUCUAUCAGCGCAGAAGAGACCGAUCAUAGCGAGAUGGAGGAAAAUUUCUUGGCCGAUGCCCAUGAACAGCAUGACGACUGCGAACCCGAGGAUGUUGUUGGUGAAGAACCUUUACCGGAUACUGAGGUACAGCAACAGCUCAUGGCGGAAUUUGAUGAGCGACCUACGAUUGGUGAGGAUGAGAUGGAUGAGGAUGAAAGCAGAGAGCCGUCCCCAUCUCCUGCUCCGAGAAAAGCUGGGCGUCCACGGAAAAGCGAUACAGCAGCAGAGCUGCCAGAUUUGGUGCCGGAGGCUGAGUUGGCUUUACGCGAAAAGGUUGUCGUUGAAGAAGAUGAGGUGACAGAAGAGGUGGUGGUAGAAGAGGUAGUGGUAGAGGAGGCAGUGGUGGAGGAGGCAGUGGUUGAUGGUGCUGAGGGCAACAAAGCUGAAGAGACACCGGCUGCUAGAAGACGUGGCCGACCGCGUAAGAGCGAGAUUGCAGAGCUGACGACAGCAUCAUCAACGAAGCGAGGAGCAGGUCGGCCGCCAAAGUUGGCAGCUCCUGAGGCGACUAGUGAGUCGACGCCUGCUACAGGCAAACGAGGCCGGCCCCGGAAGAGUGAAGUGGAAGACCAGUCACAAAUACUCCCUCAAGAAUCCGAUAUACCCGUAGACGAAGCACCAACUGCAACACCUGCUGCAGGCACAAGAAGACGAACCCGGAAGAGUGAAAUGGAAGACAAACCACAAGCGCAGAUGGAAGAGUUCGAUCAACCCAUGGAUGAAGCACCAGUUAUGACACCUGCUGCAGGCAAGAGAGGACGACCUCGGAGGAGCGAAGUGGAAGACCAGCCUCAAAUACUCAUCGAGAAAUCCGAUAUACCCCUAGAAGAAGCAAUAGCUGCAGCAGCCCCGGGCAAACGAGGCCGGCCUCGGAAGAGUAAUGUGGAAAACACCCCCCAAAUACACACCAAAGGAUCCCAUAUACCCCUAGAAGAAGCAAUAGCGACAUCUGCAGGCAAACGAGGACGACCUCGGAAGAGUGAAGUGGAAGACAAACCACAAGUGCACAUGGAAGAAUCCGACAUACCCGCAGAAGCGACUCCAGCUGCAACUCCAGCUGCAGGCAAACGAGGCCGGCCCCGGAAAAGUGAGGCAGAAAAUCAGUCACAAGCGCACACCAAAGUCAUCGAUAUACCCGCAGAAGAAACACCAGCUACGAGACCUGCAACAGGCAAACGAGGCCGGCCUCGCAAGAGUGGAGUGGAAGACAAAUCACAGGCACACGCAGGGGAGACCGAUUUACCUGCAGAAGAGACUCCAACUACAACAUCAACUGCUGGCAAAAGAGGACGGCCUCGACGGAACACUCUGGUAGACGCAAUGCAGGCGCCAACUGACCCAUCUCAGCCACCUGUAGCUGAAACAUCAGCUUCAACCCCAUCUCUGAGCAAAAGAGGACGACCCAGAAAGAGCGAAGUGGUUGAUACAGCACACGAACCCACUGGUGAGCACACUUCGACCGCCACCGAAGCGGCAAACCCAACGCCGGCGCCGGGCAGAAGAGGGCGGCCGCGAAAGAGCGAGGUGAUGAGCACACCGCGAAAUCUUACCGACGAACAUGCACUAUCCGCUACCGAAACAGCAGUGCCAACAUCAACAUUAGCACCAGCCCCGGGUAAACGAGGACGGCCACGGAAAAGCGACACGGCUCAGGUGCCCACGACUGAACCCCAGCCAUAUAUUGUCGAAACGCCAACCGUAACGCCAACUACGGGCAGAAGAGGACGGCCACGGAAAAGCGACGCAGUAUCGGCGAUUGCUCCCGAAGCAGCUGCUAUACCAGAACUGCAGGCAGAAUCUGAAAUAUCAACCACUGCAGAUGUCGUACCAUCUACCGCGGAAACCAUGGAGCGAAAAAAACCUUUUGGACACGAUGAAGUAUUGGAAGAACAAGAUGCCUCUCCAUUCAUAGCACCUGGCCAGAAACGAGGCAGAGGUAGACCGCCUAAGAGCGGAGUUUUGAAUACAGCUACGGACCCAGAGAUUGCUGCGAAUAUCGAGGAGGCUGAGCCACAAGGCUCGAGUACUGAGCAUAUGGAAGACCCAGCAGAGGGCAUGGCUCUGGAUAAGAAUCUGGGGGCCAAGCCGGUCCCAGAUAUCUGGGAGAUAGAAGUGACACCUGCAAAGAAACGGGGCAGGCCAAAGUCUUCAGCCAUGGAUAAGCCUUUCCCUCUGAUUCUUGCGCCUGUUACGGCUUCAACGAAGAAACGUGGCAGACCACCAAAGGCAUCAACCACCGUGGAGUCGGCCGAGACGCUUGCAGAGCCAGCGCCAGCGGAAGCUAAGGAGACAGAGGAGCGCGUAGCUAAACGAAGACGCACAGAUUCUGACGUUGUCAUGGAAGGCUCUAUAGAUGAUCUCAUAGCAGACCUCUUAUCGGACCCCAUGGAAGAAGCAGUGGAAGAGCCCCUGGAAGAACCCCAACCAGAGGCUCGAGAAGAGCGGCCGGCAAGUGUAAGAAAGCGCAGAGUAUCGUUUGCAGCGGACACCAAAGCACCAAAGUCGCUCAUUCCAGUCAAGUUCAUGCGACGCAACUCUGAUUCCACAGGACUAAAGGCGGGUUUUUUCUCUGCCAACACACCGCGAGUCCCACGACUUGGCGGACCUACGGAUAGCUCAAAGGAGAAUGCGGGUGCUGAGGCGCCUCUUAAGAGUAUGGCGACGCAGCAAACCGAGCUAUUUCUUUCUCGGCUGCCAAGACCCACGGUCGACAGCGUUUCUGACGGAAAGAAGUUUGGAAAGAGGCCUAGAACGUACGGUAAACGGCUUAAGAAGUGA